AUGUCGUGGAGAGCGCUGGUCAACCACGUGACCCAGCGGGCCCGCGGCGGCAGUCCUGACGGCGCCGACGUUGAGGGGAUGCCCGCUGGCGCGUGGGCGCGAGCCGUCGGCCCGGCGGUGCGGCCGGGACCGGAAGAUGAGAACCAGCCGUCGGCCCUGUCACUGAGCGUUGUGACACAAAAGUGGCGCGCAUUGCUGCGCCGCCGGCCCGCCAAGAGUGCCGCUGCUUCCGGCGGUUCGGCCUCCAGUGACGGCCGGGUGUGCUUCGUCAAAACUAGCCCGUACCGCAUCCUCAGGUGCGCCGGCGCUGGCGACCUGAAGACCUUUCGGGACCUGCACCAGGAGGAUCCCAGUCGUCUGCAGUUCAGGGAUGCGCAGCGAGGCCGAUGCCCCGCCCACUACGCGGCGAUGGCCAAUCAGACCGAGAUCAUCAAGUACAUCGCGUCGGUCGGCGGAGAUAUCAACACCACCGAUGAUCAGGGACAGACGCCUGUUCAUACUGCUGUCGAGAGCUCUUCGCUAGAUGCCCUUGGCUGUCUUCUUGACUGCGGCGCCCGCGUCGACGUGCUGGACGCGUCGCAGCGCUCGCCGUUCCACCUGGCCGUCUGGCUGGACCGUCCGCACGUGCUGCGCCUGCUGGUGCGCUAUCGCCACCUGGUCGACUGCGCCCAGCUCACGGAGCACGGCCGCGACGCGCUGCACGUGGCCGCCGUGCUGAACCGCGCUGACUGCGCGCGCAUCCUGUGCGCCGGCGCUGGCGACCUGAAGACCUUUCGGGACCUGCACCAGGAGGAUCCCAGUCGUCUGCAGUUCAGGGAUGCGCAGCGAGGCCGAUGCCCCGCCCACUACGCGGCGAUGGCCAAUCAGACCGAGAUCAUCAAGUACAUCGCCGGCGCCCGCGUCGACGUGCUGGACGCGUCGCAGCGCUCGCCGUUCCACCUGGCCGUCUGGCUGGACCGUCCGCACGUGCUGCGCCUGCUGGUGCGCUAUCGCCACCUGGUCGACUGCGCCCAGCUCACGGAGCACGGCCGCGACGCGCUGCACGUGGCCGCCGUGCUGAACCGCGCUGACUGCGCGCGCAUCCUGCUGGACGACUUCAACAUGGUGCCGAAGCGGUUCUGUCAGAACGGCUUCACGCCGGUGCACGAGGCGUCCCGGCGCGCCAGCUUCGCCACGAUGCAGGUGUUCACCGGCUGGGCAGAGCGCAACGGCUGCUCCCUGAUGCAGAGCCCGGACGCCGAGGGACACCUGCCGCUGCACCUGGCUGUCCACUCGGGCGAUGUCCAGGCGGUCGAGCUGUGUCUGCAGCACGGUGCCGAUAUCACCAGUCAGCAGGAUGAUCUCUCCACGCCCGUCCAUCUGGCCUGCGUGCAGGGCUCGCUGAAGAUCACACAGCUCAUGUUCAGCGCACAGCCCAAGGUGAAAUGGCCCGUGCUGAAUAUGCGCGACUCCGCCGACAUGACGCCGCUCCACUGCGCUGCCAAGUUCGACCACGCCGUGCUGGUAGAGUUCCUCUGCCGGCAGGGUGCGGACGUGUUGGCGCUGGAUUCGGAGGAGUCUCUCGGGGAUCUGAGCAUACCUGACCAGAGCUGUCCCGGCAGGAGCAAUGCGAGCGCGUUCGCGGCCAUGGUGAACUGCCAGGACAGCCUGGGCUGCACGCCGCUGCAUUACGCCUCUCGGGACGGCCACAUCCAGUGCCUGCAGGAUCUGAUGGAGCACGGCGCCUGCCCGGACGUCAAGAACGCCAACAACGAGAACCCGCUGCACUGCGCCGCGCGAUUCGGCCGGUACCACACCGUGGACUCCCUACUGGGCUCCGCCAAGGGUCAGCAAAUCAUCAACGGCAUGGACUACGCCGGUCGAACCCCGCUGCACAUCGCUAGCGAGAACGGACACCUGCGCGUCGUGCACCUGCUGAUCGGCAAGGGGGCUCUUCUGAACCGGGACUUUGAGGGCCUGACGCCCCUGCACCUGGCCGCCCGUGAAGGCUACACCCGCACCAUGGGUCUCCUGCUCAACACGCACAGCCAGCUGCUGGACCAAAAGGACAAAGCAGGGAACACAGCGCUGCACCUGGCCUGCCUGGCCAACCGGGUGUCGGCGGCCGGCCUCCUGCUGUCGCUCGGCUGCGCGCUGGUGGCCAACGCCGGCGGCUACACGGCGCUUGACAUCUGCAUCAAGCACAAGCUGGUGGAGGUGGCUCGGGUUAUGCUCACCAACGAGCAGGCCAGCCGGAGGGCGCUCGCUGACACGCAGGGGAAGAACAAGUACACGGUGGCCGCCCUCAUAGACGUCAUGCCCAACAUCAUGAAGGACGUCAUGGACAAGCACAUCACCUUCGCCAGCGGCAAGAGAACUGCCGAAACGUUUUCGAUCACGUACGACCUGAGCCUGUUCGAGCCGAGCGCGCAGCAGGUGGCGUCGAUCCGCGCGGCGAGGGCCGACUCCCGCUGGCGACCACAGCCGCUCACCGCUGUCAACAUCACGUACGACCUGAGCCUGUUCGAGCCGAGCGCGCAGCAGGUGGCGUCGAUCCGCGCGACGAGGGCCGACUCCCGCUGGCGACCACAGCCGCUCACCGCUGUCAACCACAUGGUGCGCCACGGCCGCAUCGAGCUGCUCAUGCACCCGCUGACCCAGAAGUACCUGGAGAUGAAGUGGCAGGCGUACGGCCGCUUCUGCCACCUGCUGUCGCUGCUGCUGUACGCCGCCUUCGUCAUCCUCGUCACCGUGCACGGCAUGAACCUCAUGCAUCUGGUGCGCAAGUGCGCCGUGCUGCUGGAGGACGGCGGCAGCGUCGACCUCGCCAGCGAGGACGCAGCCCCGCCUCGUGCCGGUGCCAGGGGCUGUGACGGACGCUCCCAGCCGGAGUGA